GACACGCCCAGAGCCCAACCCGGACAUGGAGUCCCUGCGCCUCGGCAGCGGUCAGAAUGACGCCGGCUUGUUCUUUCGAAGAAACUACAUUUCCAUGACGGCAGUGGGAGGAAUGUUGGGUAACGAGGUGGGGCCUGUUUGAAGCAACAAGUCUUGCGGAGCAGAGGAGGCGCAGGCGGACAGCUUCUCUCCAUCGUGAAGGUUUGCAGCUGCAGGUGGUCACCGCGCGUCCUGCGCCACCGCACUUUGUGAAUGGGAAUCUAACUCCAGAGCUCACACGCACACAGGGUCGACAUGGACGGAGUGGAGUCGCUCAUUUGAACCAGAUCACUUUCACGUUUUAUUUAGUUUUUGUUUCCCUCGAGGACGCGGGAAGUGAACUCUCACUUGGCAGAUUUGUGAAGUCGCACCGCGCGUCUCGCCGUGCGUAAUGCUCCAUGCGUAGAGAUCGGAGCCCUUUUCAUUUCGUUUUAAAGUUGACUGUUGUCGCGGUGUAAAUAAUGGCAUUCGCCAGAUUCAGCAAGAUUCUUCGUCUUCCCACCAUUGAGAUCAAGAAGAAAGUCAAGCAGUACGAGCACGUCCACCGGGACAUCAACCCCAACGACCUAUGGGAGAUUGUUGGAGAGCUGGGCGAUGGAGCGUUUGGGAAAGUCUACAAGGCCAGGAACAAAGAGACAGGCGCUCUGGCCGCAGCCAAAGUGAUUGAGACAAAAUCUGAAGAAGAGCUGGAGGACUACAUCGUGGAGAUCGACAUCCUGGCUAAAUGUGACCACCAAUACAUUGUCAAGCUGCUUGAUGCCUUUUACCAUGAAAACAAGCUGUGGAUCAUGAUCGAGUUCUGCCCUGGAGGUGCUGUCGAUGCCACAAUGCUCGAGCUGGAUCGUUGUCUGACGGAGCCGCAGAUUAAGGUGGUUUGUCGUCAGAUGUUGGAGGCUCUGGUUUAUCUGCACAGUAUGAAGAUUAUCCACAGAGACCUGAAGGCUGGCAACAUCCUCCUCAUGCUGGACGGGGACAUCAAGCUUGCUGAUUUUGGUGUGUCUGCAAAAAACACCAAAACCUUACAAAGAAGAGAUUCAUUCAUUGGAACACCAUACUGGAUGGCCCCAGAGGUGGUCAUGUGUGAGACCAUGAAGGACGCUCCGUACGACUACAAAGCCGAUAUCUGGUCUCUGGGAAUCACGCUGAUCGAGCUCGCCCAGAUUGAACCCCCCCACCACGAGCUCAACCCCAUGAGGGUCCUGUUGAAGAUCGCCAAGUCGGAGCCUCCAACCCUGGAGCAGCCACACAAAUGGUCGCCGGAGUUUAAAGAUUUCCUGAAGAAAUGUUUGGAUAAAAACCCAGAGACUCGUCCGACCGCAGCACCACUCCUGGAGCAUCCGUUUGUGAGAUCUGUGACGUCUAACCGUCCUCUGCGGGAACUGGUGGCCGAGGCCAAGGCUGAGGUCAUGGAGGAAAUAGAGGACAAUAGAGAGGAAGGCGAGGAGGACGACGCCAUGGAGCUCACAGUGUCUCCAGGUAAGGAGCCAUGUCAGACCAGUCAGACCAGUUUGGAAGGAGACCAGUCUGUGGAUACCCCGAGCCCCACCACGCCCUCCCCAACCACACCAAUACCUGUACCCAGGACCAAGCCAGAUACACAGACAGAGGAGCAGCCGGGCUCCGUCAUGGAGGUCCCUGUGCCCUUGCCGCGGAAUAAUCUCCCCCCACAAGAUCCAGAGGAGCUGGUUGACAAACUGGGCGAUGACGUCCUUCUUGAAUCCGAAAAAUCUGAGAGCGAGACCUCGACCAAAACUUCCAGCUCAGACUCGGGCAUUGAGGAUGGAAAGAGUUCCCCCACAUCAGAGGAGGAGAAGGUUGCUGUGGAGACGCCAGAGCCAGAGCAGCCACCAUCUCUCUCCAGAACCGAAGCAUCUGAGGAGCAUGUCGACAUCAUCAUAGACUCACCAGACCCAGAGAAGCCCACAACCCAGGUGACUGAGGAUAAGAGCAAUGUUGUUAUCGCUAAUGGAGAAACAACAGAAACAAGGAGCCCGAGCCCCGUUGUCACUCCUGCACCUUCUCCAGCACCUUCCUCUGCCCCCAGGCCAGUCUCUGUUUCCCGCUCUGGGCCUAAUGGCAACCUCACCAAGGAUACACCAGAGCGGAUGUUGAGAGGAGGAAACAGUGAGACCGUUUCGCCUUAUAUCAACGGAGGGAUCAUCAACAAACGGUUCUCUUACUCUGGCAGCAUGGCGUCUGAGAGCAUGGACAUGUCGAUAAACAAGGAGAACAUCUCAAUGUCUGCCAGGGACUUUUCGAGUAAGACUCUGAAGCGAACCAGGAAGUACGUUAUUGACGGCGUGGAGGUGAGUGUGACCACCUCGAAGAUCAUCAGGGACGAUGAGAAGAAAGACGAGGAGAUGAGAUUCCUGAGGCGUCAGGAGCUGCGGGAGCUGCGUUUGCUGCAGAAGGAGGAGCACAGAGCUCAGGCUGUUCUAAAUAGCAAACUGGAAACACAGAAAGAACAGAUGCAGAGACGAUUUGACCAGGAGAUGAAUGCCAAGAAGAAGCACUAUGACCUGGAGCUGGAGAACCUGGAGAAGCAUCAGAAGCAGACCAUAGAGAAGAUGGAGGCAGACCACAGCGUCAAACUCAAAGACGAGACCAGACGCAUCAAAACAGUGCAGGAGCGGGACCACAACAAGUUUCAGGAUCUAAUGAAACACAAGAAAAGGGAGAUGAAACAGGCUGUUGAUAAGCUGCCCAGAAGUCAGCGUAAAGACUCCAUGAAACAGCAGAUGAGCUCCUUCCAAGAAAUGAAGAUUAAAGAGGAGGAGAAAUUUGUGGCGCAUCAGAAGAACUACCUGGACACCACGCUGAAGAAAAUCAUCUCCAACAACAAGAGAGAGAUCGCAGAAAUGGAGAAGGAGUGUCUCAACAAGAAGCACAACCUAAUAAGAGAGCGUGAGGCCACGAUAUGGGACAUGGAGGAGAAGAAUCUUUACGAGAGACAUCAGUUGUUGAAGCAGCAGCUGAAGGAUAAAUACUUUCUCCAGAGGCACCAGCUGCUCAAAAAACAUGAAAAGGAGCAAGAGCAUAUGCAGUGCUACAAUCAGCGAAUGAUUGAGAUCCUGAAAGCUCGGCAGCAGCAGGAAAAGAACCGACUGCCCAAGAUCCAGCGUGGCGAAGCCAAGACCCGCAUGGCCAUGUUCAAGAAGAGCCUCCGCAUCAACUGGACGGGAAGCAGUUCUGAAGACAGAGAGAAGAUCAAACAGUUUUCUCAGCAGGAGGAGAAGCGGCAGAAGGCUGAGAGGCUGCAUCAGCAGCAGAAACACGAGAAUCAGAUGAGGGAGCGGAUCGGUCAGUGUGAAGGCAACAUCCGAGAGCUGCAGCAGCUGCAGAAUGAAAAAUGUCACCUGCUGGUGGAGAACGAGACACAGAGGCUCAAGCAUCUGGAUGAGCAACACAACCAGCUGAUGAAGGAAUGGAGGGAUCAGCUGAAACCCAGGAAGAAGACCCUCGAAAAAGACCUGACCAUGAAGAAAAAGGAGCAGGAGGCGUUCUUCAAGAUGAGCGAGUGUACAGCCUGUUCAAACCCCAGCUCUCCCCAUAAACUCUCCAAGUUUGUGCCUUACCAAGACUCUUCCACCACAUAGAAACAGCUGCUGUGAUACUGCGCGCACACACACACACACACACACGCUCAUACACUUACAAGUCUGCUGCCUCAGUUUUAUUUUGCUUUAUCAGUAAUAGCAGCAUACCUUCCCCUCCAUCAGGUCCCUUUAUUGUUUUAGUUCAUAUUUAUGUUUUAACCCAUUUUUCUCUGAAGACAUGAUUUGAAUUAGUCUUCAUAAUUUGGUUUGAAAGUAGUUUGUUGUCCCGAGGAGGAAAUCUUUUUUUUCUAUGAUGAGAGUUUAUGUUUGUUUCUAUAAAAGCUGGUGAGCCAGAAUCUAAGCACUUUUUAUUCACCCCAAAUGAUCAGUGUCGUCUUCCACAUUUGACCAAAAACCCACCCAAAUAUUAACAAAUUACCUUAUUGUGAAUUCCUGUCUCGGCUUAUUCUGCUGCUUGUCGGACAGACGCAUGUCAAAUAGCUGCCAAAGUUAGAUUGUAUUUAUUUUUACUGAUUAAGAAAAAUCUUAUCCAGAUUCAUCACUGUAAACUCUUUUUCUCUUCUUUUAACCAACACCCAUGGUAUGAAGGAUCUUGUCAUUAUUAUUUUUUAAAGUAUUGUUUAAAUAAUUUAGGGAUGAGGCUAUAUCCAAAAUCAAAAAUUGCUAAUUUCUUUCAAAAUGAUUAUUUAGGUAUUAGAUUUUAACAGACAAGGAAUGACUUUCUUUUUAUUUUUCAUGUCGUGUUGGAUGGUGUGACCUUUGUUAUUGUUCUGUUGUAUUCUUACUGUAAAAUCAGUCACACUGGAUGGGAACUGACGAAGCCAAAGUAAAAUACUGUUAUGUUCUUUGAAGGAUGUUAAACAGGGGAUUUAAAGCUAAAUAAAUACAAAAGUUAUUAAGUGAGUCAUUGUUAUACCGUGUGCAGUUAAUGCACUGUCUGCUAACCAAAGUGCAAUAUUACAUGUAUGUCUUUGCUAACCUUUUAUAGAGGUUUUUAGUUUUUCUUAAAUUUGCCUUCUUUUGCACUGAGAGGGAGAACAAUGUGAAGAGUUUCAACCAAAACCAGAUGUAUCAGAUUUAUGCAAAAAAAAAAAAAAAAAAACAUUGCUUAAAAUUAUUUUAUCUUUUACGUUUUUUUUAGGGGGGGGGCUUAGAAAGCAGGGGUCUCAUUUUUAGGUGAUGAUCUGCAUUUGGAACAUGACUCUUCAUGUAAUUUUUAAGGGAGUGCAACCCUUCAGGCUGCUAGAAGAUGCCUCUCGAUGUAUCAUCAACGUUUGCAGCUGAGAAACUUGUCGCCUUAGUGAGAAAGUGAUUUUUAGAGCAGCUUGACCUGCAGGUUUACACCACAUCAGGUCAGUAAUCAGGUACAGCUCAGUGUCUCGCUCUCUCUCUGGCUCCCUCUCGCACACUGUCUCUGAAGUAUUUAAAGAUGUACAAAUUCUCCUUCCUGUCAUGUUUAAUGGCUCCAUCUAGGUCUUCCUCUCUGCCUCAGUUUACAUGGCGAUGUUUGUAUGGAGGGGUCGUGAGUGUGAAUGAAACUGUAUCAGAAGGAACCACUGUUGUAAAUAACUUAAUAAAUGCAGAUUUUCUAAUUA